AUGGCUUCCACCGCACCCGCCGCGUCCAAGUGAGUUAUCGCCCCCUCUUUCUCUUCGCAAACCGAACGCGCGCUCUUGGAAUGGCGCUUCGUCGUCUCGUCCUCCAAAUCCGACAAUGAGGCCGCCCGCGCGCGUGGCUGUGACGAAGCAGCCCGGCGGCGGUGCGAAGCUCGAGAGGCCAACCCACCGCCUAGGCCGCACCCGCAGGCACCCGCGACCCAGCGACCCAGCGACCCAGCGACCCAGCGACGACGACGACGACAUGUGACGGAGCGCCACGAUCUGCAACGCCACCGCCGACCGCACGACCCCCCGUCGGGCUGCUGCACCCCGACACAACUUGUUGAACGCCCUCUGCCUCGAGUCGUGCACCUCGAUCGACCUGCAUCACCCUGACUCGAUCGACCGAACGGCUGGCAAAACAGGCCCGCGACCGGCAUGGGCCCCGGUUUGAAUUGUGCGACCGAGUGACUGACUCGCGCGGCGCUGCGCCCCCGUUUUUUUGCCCGCUCUCUUCCGCUGCAGGGACGCUGCCGCCGCCGCUACCGAGUCGGCCGCCGCCGCCGCUGCUCCCGCUGCUGGAGCUGCCCCUGCCGCUUCGUCCGGAGCUGCUGGUGUCUCUGACCCCGAUGAGGCCGUCAUCGAGUCCAAGUGAGUCGUCGUCGGGCUGCUACGACCCCCCCGAAGGCGUCGGAAAGGGCUGGCUCAUCAAACACGUCAAUCUUCAAUCUAACUGACUUUCGAUGGCUCCUAUUGAUCUUGCAACCUGAUCGCUCUCAAAGCUGGGACCAAGUCGUCGAGUGAGUAUCCCGUCUGGAUUCUUCCCCGGUCGAUUCGGGAAGAACCGUUCCCCGUUCGCAAGGAGAGCUCGAGCUGAUUCGCCAGGUCUCCUUUCUUUCCGCGCCGCAUAGGAACUUUGACGACAUGAGCUUGCGCCCCGAGUUGCUUCGUGGUAUCUACGCCUACGGGUAAGUCUGCUCCUUGCUUGCACAUUCCGGCUCGGCGCCCCGACCACCCCAAAGAUUGACCCUCGUCUCCUCGCUUCGGUCUCCAGUUUCGAGCGACCCUCGGCGAUCCAGCAACGCGCCAUCAUGCCCGUCAUCGCCGGCCACGACGUCAUCGCCCAGGCCCAAUCCGGAACCGGCAAGACCGCGACCUUCUCCAUCUCGAUCCUGCAGUCGAUCGACGUCUCGCUCAAGCAGUGCCAGGCGCUCGUCCUCGCCCCCACCCGCGAGUUGGCCCAGCAGAUCCAAAAGGUCGUCGUCGCGCUCGGUGACUACAUGAACAUCGAGUGCUUCUCCGCCGUCGGCGGUACCUCCGUGCGCGAGGCCAUGGCCAAGUUGCAAGAGGGCGUGCACAUCGUCGUCGGAACGCCCGGCCGCGUCUUUGACAUGAUCCAGCGCCGCGCGCUCAAGACCGAUCACAUCAAGAUCUUCUGCCUCGACGAGGCCGACGAGAUGCUCUCGCGCGGGUUCAAGGACCAGAUCUACGACGUCUUCCAACUCUUGCCGCCGACGACCCAGGUCGUGUUGCUCUCCGCGACCAUGCCGGCCGAGGUGUUGGAGGUCACGACCAAGUUCAUGCGCGACCCGAUCCGCAUCCUCGUCAAGCGCGACGAGUUGACGCUCGAAGGUAUCAAGCAGUUCUACAUCGCCGUCGAGAAGGAGGAAUGGAAGCUCGACACCUUGUCCGACUUGUACGAGACCGUGACCAUCACCCAGGCCGUGAUCUUCUGCAACACGCGCCGAAAGGUCGACUGGUUGACGGAGAAGCUCCAAGCGCGCGAGUUCACCGUCUCGGCCAUGCACGGCGACAUGGAGCAACAGCAACGCGAGGUCAUCAUGAAGGAGUUCCGCUCCGGCUCCUCGCGCGUGCUGAUCACGACCGACCUCUUGGCGCGCGGCAUCGACGUGCAGCAGGUCUCGCUCGUGAUCAACUACGACCUGCCCACCUCGCGGGAGAACUACAUCCACCGCAUCGGCCGCGGCGGUCGGUUCGGUCGCAAGGGCGUGGCCAUCAACUUUGUCGCGACCGAGGACGUACCCGCCCUGCGUGACAUUGAGAGGUUCUACCAGACCCAGGUCGACGAAAUGCCGAUGCAGAUCGUGAGUUGGGAGUUGGGGGGCUCGCGCGUGCGCGCGGCCGUCGUCCGUCGUCGUCGUGGUAGUCUUGUUUGUCCGAUGUUUGGGGGGCGAAACUAACUCUCUGAUGUUGUUCUGCUCCCUUACUUUGUACAGGCCGAUCUCAUCUAA